AUGCGUGUAUUCUUGAUUUCGCUGGUGUUGGCGCUGGUCCUGGUGCAGUUGGCGCUGGCCGUGGAGGAUUACUAUAAGACGUUGGGGUUGGAUAAGUCGGCGUCGGAGAAAGAUAUUAAAAAGGCAUAUCGGACGUUGAGUAAGAAGUAUCAUCCUGAUAAGAAUCCAGGAGACGAAACCGCCCGGGAAAAAUUCGUCGAAAUCGCCGAAGCAUACGAGGUCUUGUCUACGCCUUCCACAAGGAAAAUCUACGACCAACACGGGCAUGAAGGAGUGAAUCAGCACCGACAGGGCGGAGGAGCAGCUGGCCGACAAGGGAAUGAUCCGUUUGACCUGUUUUCGCGCUUUUUCGGCGGCGGCGGGCACUUUGGCCAUGCGCCGGGUCACCGACGCGGCCCGGAUAUGGAGUUCCGGAUUGGGUUGCCGUUGCGCGAUUUCUACAACGGGCGCGAGUUCGAGAUUACGCUUGAGAAGCAGCAGAUCUGCGAUGCGUGCGAGGGGACAGGGUCGGCAGAUCGCGAGGUCAUCACCUGUGACAAGUGCUCGGGCCGUGGCAUGGUGAUUCAGAAACACAUGCUGGCUCCUGGGAUGUUCCAGCAGGUGCAGAUGCCCUGUGACAGGUGCGGCGGGCAGGGGAAGACAAUCAAGAAGCCCUGCCAUGUUUGUCACGGGCACCGGGUGGUGCGGAAGGAAGUCGAGACGUCGGCGACGGUGGAGCCGGGUAUGGACAAAGGGAUGCGAUUGGUGUUUGAGAACGAGGCGGACGAGAGCCCCGAUUGGAUCGCGGGCGAUCUGGUGUUGAUUCUCGAGGAAAAGGAGCCCGAACUGGCCAAGGCCGAGGAGCAUCGCACGGACGGGACGUUUUUCCGCCGCAAGGGCCGCGAUCUGUUCUGGAAAGAGGCGCUCUCGUUGCGCGAGGCGUGGAUGGGCGGCUGGACGCGCAACAUCACGCACCUGGAUGGACACGUGGUGCAGCUGGGACGGCAGCGCGGCGCGGUCGUGCAGCCACUAUCGGUGGAAACGGUGCGGGGGGAGGGCAUGCCGUUCUACUCGGCGGGGCAUCUCCAUGACCAGCACGACGAGGAGCCGGGCAAUCUGUACGUGGAGUACAGCGUGAUUCUGCCGGACCAGAUGGAGAGCGGGAUGGAAAAGGACUUUUUUGCGCUGUGGGAGAAGUGGCGGAAGAAGAACGGGGUCGAUCUGGGGACGGACGGGGGACGACCACCAGCCGUUAGAGAUGAAUUAUAG